ACCCGAGCUGCCGUAGUGCGUCACAUGUUGACCAGUGCUGCCUGUAAAUGUUAACGAAAGCUUAACAAAUCUUUUUAAAUUCAAAGGUAGAAACAUAAAGAUAUUGCGAUAACUGUUCAGUUGUUGUCAGAGUUGCGUAUUUUUCUUUAAAAUGUCUUAAUGUUUGCGCGUAAUUGUGGAUAAAAACACACCUGUUCAUCUUUUUAUUUGUGCUGCCAAGCUAAUGUAGCUGGCCUUAUUGCAAGCCAAGAAGACCUGACAGCUCAUUGUUGGCAUCAUAUUAGGUGACAAAGUCAACAUAGGAGCUAACUAAAGAGAGCUCCAGAUGCGGCUGAAGGACCCCUUCUCCUUGAAAGCCGCCGAAAUGACUAAGCGGACUAAUAAACCGAGGAAACCUCGAGAUGAGGAAUCAUCAGAUGAAGUCAGCGGACUGACUUGCCAGCAUGUGAGUAGAGCAGUGGACCUGAACUCAGUGAAGAAGUCAGUCCUCUCGAGCGUGUGGUCAGUGUGUUCAGAAUGCCUGAAGGAAAGAACGAUGAUCGAUGGCGAGCCAGCAGCCUCUCAUGAUAUCCUGGUGUGCUUAAAAUGUGGUUUUCAGGGCUGUAACCAGUCAGGGAUCCAGCAUGUUGUCAAGCAUCACCAGGCUUUCCACCCAGAGUCACACUGCAUUACCAUCAGCUUGAGCACAUGGAAGGCCUGGUGUUUUGAAUGCAAUGAAGAGCUCUCUACUCACUGCAACAAGAAGGCUCUGGCUCAGAGCCUGGACUUUCUACAAAAGCACUCUGUCAGGGCAACAUCGGCAGUAUCGCCCAAGAUCAUAAAGCUGCGAGAAGAACCACCAGAUUAUGCUGACCCGCCACGAGGCAAGAGUUCAGCCAUCAACAGUGCUUUGGUCCCUGUUAAGGGAAUCAAUAACCUUGGUAACACCUGCUUCUUCAACGCUGUUAUGCAGAACCUGUCCCAGACUCACAUGCUCAUUGACCUCAUCCAGGAAGUGAAGGAGAAGGGCUACAAGCUAAGGAUCUGCCCGCCUCCAGAAACCAACCUGAGUCCACUAACAGUAGUGCUGCCCAGUCCAGAACCCCUGACUGCUGCCAUGUUUGCCUUCCUCCAGAGCAUGAAGGAGCCAGGAAAAGGCCCCAUUAAUCCCAAAAUCCUCUUUAACCAACUCUGCCAAAAAGCUCCAUGCUUCAAGGGCUACCAGCAACAGGACAGCCAGGAGCUUCUGCACUACUUAAUGGACUCCAUACGAGUAGAGGAAACUAAAAGAGUGAAAGCGGGCAUUUUGAAGGCUUUCAACAAUCCCACAGAGAAGACAGCAGAUGAGGAGACCAAACGCCAAGUCAAAGCAUACGGGAAAGAAGGCGUGAAGAUGAACUUUGUUGACCGCAUCUUUGUCGGCGAGCUUACCAACACAAUCAUGUGUGAAGAGUGCGAGCAUAUAUCCACAGUAAAGGAAGCCUUCAUUGACAUCUCUUUACCCAUUAUUGAGGAGAGGAUCUCAAAACCUUCCAACCCUGGGAGGCUGGGCAAGGGCGGCCGGGAGCAGGACAGCCACACAGCCCACAGUGACCAUGUGCCUUCUGCAGCACACGCUGUCAACAGAAAUACCAGAAAGCCAAGCACACAGAAGCAGCAGAGCAGGAGGUCUUCCAGCUCUGUGGAGGACAAAGGAGCAACCUUUGGUGGGGACCGACAAGAGGAGGAGGGUGUAGCAGGUGGAUCAUCCCACGGAGUUUCAGUUUGUAAGAUGGCGGCUGCCGGCAGCCUAUCGGACGGCAGCGAGAGAGACUCGGGUGCUCAAGACAGCAGCAACGACGCUGACAGUGAGGCUUCUGAGAGCGAGUGGGCCCCACGCUCCACCAGCCACAGCCAGAGUCACGGACACAUGUCUACCCCAUCAUCCACCUCAACCCUCACUCCAUCCCCUACGCCUGUCUCUGCCUCGUCUCCUUCUUCGUCAUCUUCUACUAAGCAAGGUGGCGCUGUAGAACAGAUAGUUAGCGCAGUUGCUAAAGUCAACCUGAGCUUCAGUUCUGGGGACUGCUCUGCGUCCACUCACUGUCCUCCAGAGGAGCACGGAGAAACGCAAAGCCGAGAUAAUCUCCAUCAUCAGCACCUCCAGGGGGCCUUUCAGGCUCUGUCCCACAGUUACACACCCAGCUCCAAGGAGUGCUCCAUCCAGUCCUGCCUCCACCAGUUCACCUCUGUGGAGCUCUUGAUGGGCAACAACAGGCUGCUCUGUGAGAGCUGCACUGAACGUAGGCAGAAGCAGCUGCGCAAGAGCAGCUCAGCAGAUAAGAAAAUGGAGAAGGUUUACACCAGCGCUAGGAAGCAGAUGCUUAUAUCCUCACUGCCUCCUGUAAUCACAUUGCACCUUAAACGCUUCCACCAGGCAGGGAUGAACCUCCGGAAGGUGAACCGCCAUGUUGAUUUUCCUCUGAUCCUGGAUCUGGCUCCUUUCUGCUCUGCAUCCUGCAAGAAUCUUGCAGCCGGUGAGCGUGUCCACUACAGCCUGUAUGGGAUUGUUGAACACAGCGGCUCAAUGCGCGGGGGCCACUACACUGCAUAUGUGAAAGUGCGCGCUCCCCAGAGAAAAACAGAACAACACCACAAGAACCUGUCAGGUGCGAGGGACGCCUGCAGUAUCUCCCACAGCCAGUGGGUAUACGUCAGUGAUACCACCGUUCAGGUGGUACCAGAGUCAAGGGUACUCAACUCUCAGGCAUAUCUGCUCUUCUACGAGGAAAUGCUGUAAUGUGACAAGAAGAAACUAUUUUUCCCCCCAGAAACCUUUUUUGCUUUGUGUUGUUUUUGCAGAAGCCUGUAAAUUCCUCUCACUGUAUCUUUGCGUGUUUGGAGGCAAGAAAAGGGAAAGAUUUCACUGUAUA